UGGCCGGCACCGGAAUUUGAACGUUUUACAUUUUGUGUUAAUCAUCGUAAACAAUUUUCAGCCAAGGGAAGACGUCACGUGCGUUUAAGACCGGUCUCUCCAGCCUCAAUCAACAUUCGACAUGCACAAUCCUCUACUGGUAUAAUCCUGUUAUAUGACUAUCUGAACAUGGUGAAUAGAGAACCAAAUUGCUCGUUAUUGGAGUGAUAAACAUAUGUACACAAAUCAAACAUUGAAACGCGAAGAAUCUAAAAAAAAUGGACUUUUUAAACAAUCUUGAAGGAAUAAUAACUAAGAAUGGAGACAUGGUAACAUUUAUAGCUGAAGAUUUGGAAAGCAAACUUAAACAGACAAGCCCAACAAUACCUAAUAGACCUUUAGGAAGAUUUGUUUUAGAUGCCAAUUUACUAAACGACCUAGAAUUUGAAGCUAGAAAUAUUGCUGCAUCUGUAGAUACAUUAUCUGAAUCUCUCUCAGGAGUUCUACACAGCAUGUCUGCACUAACUGUUGACUGUUUGGAAAUAUACAGGGAUGUGGUUUGUAAGACAUGUGAUUCAAUUGAUGCCAAUAUUAAAUCUAUGUAUCAAUUAAUGGCUAAAUGCGAAGAAGUCUCAAGAGAAAUGGAACCUAUCUAUAAAUUGGCUCAACAAGUCAAAGAUAUAAAACAUAUUUUAGACUUAUUUGAAAAUGCAGUAAAUUGAUAGUUUAUAAAAUUAGUCAUAUUCAAUUUCUUGUUACCCAUGUAUUUAUAUUAAAAAAUAAUAUUACA